AUGCCUGCUUCGUCGCUUCGAAACAUCAUUGUUAUCGGCGGUUCCUUUGUGGGACGAGCCACCGUCCAGGAGCUCGCGAAGAUCGUCCCACCAACACAUCGUAUCCUUCUGGCAGAGACACACAGUCACUUCCAUCAUCUUUUCACAUUCCCUCGAUUCGCCAUUGUCCCGGAACACGAACACAAAGCUUUCAUUCCAUACAGUGGCUUGUUUGCGGGCGCAACGGAUCCGACCGCCCAUGCGGUCAUCCAAGCGCGUGUCACAUCUGUUCGAUCUGAAUACAUCCAAUUGGAUCGUGAAUGGCAGGGAACCACGCGUGUUCCAUUCGACUACGUGGUAGUUGCUACCGGAACGCGACUCUCAAAGCCCGCUGCCAUGGACAAAGACGACAAACUGUCAUCUGUCGAAUAUCUGCAGUCCCAUCAGGAUCAAGUGAGGCGAUCAAAAUCUAUUCUCAUCGUUGGAGGUGGUGCAGUGGGCGUUCAGAUGGCCACGGAUCUGAAAGAGUACUAUCCAGACAAAGAGGUGACGGUCAUACAAUCGCGAGACCGUGUCAUGCCAGGAUUCCAUCCUCGGCUUCACGAGAUAAUUCAGGCGCGUUUCGACGAGCUUGGCAUUCGACUCAUCACGGGGUCAAGGGUGAAAGUUCCCGCGGAUGGGUUCCGCAGUGAUGGGACUCCCUUUGACGUGGAACUUACCAAUGGCUCGAAAGUGGCGGCAGACUUUGUCAUCCUGGCCACGGGGCAAACCCCCAAUAACCAAUUGGUGGCCGAUCUGAAGCCGUCCACACCUGAGUCUCUAUCGGUGAUCAACCCGGAUAAUGGCUUUAUUCGGGUUCGACCAACGAUGCAAUUUUUGGAUGAAAAGUAUGGCAACAUGUUUGCUGUUGGGGAUAUCGCCGACACGAGGGCGCAAAAAGCAGCGAGACCUGGUGCCGCACAAGCUGCAGUCGUUGCUAAGAACAUCCAGUCACUGAUCGAGGGACAAACACCGCAAGAGAAGUUUGCGAAGGGGCCCGGUGCCAUCCAUAUUACACUGGGAAUGCAACACAACAUAAUAUUCCGCAAUCCGAAUCCCGCAGACAGCCAGAUCGACCCUGUCAUCAUGGAAAAGAAUGAUGGUCGCGAGGACAUGAAUGUUGAGAGCAUGUGGCAACGUAUGGGAAUCACCGUCGACAAUCCGCGACAAUACCAUUUGUGA